CAAGAGUAUAAACUUAAAUAAUUAAUUUAAGUUUUAUUUUCAAUGUUAUAUUUUGUUUUUCAAUUUAUGUAUCGAUAAGGUGGCAUCGCUAAGUUUACAUAUAAUAAUUGGGAAGCAAACGUCAUUUGGGUAGAACCGGCUGAGCUUUUGUUGUGGCACGUUAAGUAAAGGGUUUGCGAUAAUAAAUAAUUAAUAUUACAUUGAAAGAAGUUCAAAUAAAGAUUUGGUUCUAAAGGUUCGGUUUUCCACAGUAUUGGUCUUUCACAAAGCAGAUAUAACUAAUUUUGGGCCGCAGUGCAUCGAAACAGCCAUAACCUAAAUGAACAACAACAUAGUGCUACCACGAAGUAUUAACGUCAUCAAUAUUAACUUAUCGCAUCUUAAUCGUUGAUUCAUUAUUGCCUUAGUUACCUCAUAAAAAAUGACUGAGAAAAUAACGAAAUUAGCGCUAGCUAGUCGAGUGAUUAUAUUGGUGUUACAGCUACUUGCAAACCACCUGAUGCCUGAUCACAAAUCAGAUGUAUUUCGAACACCGAUUGCACAACAAACUCAACAAUAUGUAGGAGCACUCGAAAACAACGAAUUUAACUCCCAAAAUGCCACCGAAAAUUCUUGGCUUGAUCGCACAGUACAAUUUUGCCUAGGCGGCCUACGUCACUGGGAUGGCGAAUAUUUUCUACACAUUGCAGAAUAUUCUUAUUCCUACGAGAAUACACUCGCUUUCUACCCACUAUUUCCGUUAGUGGUACGUGCAGGCGCAAAUGCUUUGUAUGCACUCAAUAUGGGCGUGUCAUUGCGCAGCUGGUGUUUGGUAGUGGCCGUAUUGGUCAAUGUAUUUUGCUUCUGCAAAGCAGCUAAUGCACUAUAUGCACUCACACAGCGUAUUUUUAAGGACCCAAAUAAAAGUUGGAAUGCGGCGUUAUUGUUUUGCUUCAAUCCAGCAUCGAUAUUCUUCACUGCCGCCUACUCGGAAGCGCUUUUCUGUUGGUUAUCGCUACACUUGAUGUUGGAAUGCGUUUCCGAAUUUCGAUUUGCGCGUACCACAGUAACACUGGCACUCUCUAUUGUGAGCCGUUCAAAUGGUCUACUCAAUGCGGGCUAUCCUAUAUAUUUUAUGCUGCGGCACACCAUACUCAAGUCAUAUCAUCGCUGUUUUGCUGCUGUUAAGUUAACACUUUGUCUGAUUGGUGCACUAACGCCGCUCACAUUCUUCUACUUUUACGCAUUCAAACAGUACUGUGUACCACAACAUACAGUAGCGCAUUCAGAAGCUGUGCUGAACUAUGCGCGAGAGAAAAAUUACAUAUUAGCUGGUCAUCGAAUGCCGCAAAAUUCACCGUGGUGUGAUAAUACUUUUCCAUUUCCGUAUUCCUACAUACAAUCACACUAUUGGAAUGUCGGUUUUCUACGUUACUACGAGUUCAAACAGUUACCGAACUUCAUGUUAGCUUUGCCUGUGCUCGCGUUCUUGCUGUAUCAUUGCUUUACGUAUUUUAGAAAUUUCAUGCGUAUCCUACUGCCGCAUUAUCCCAUCAUGCAGCUAUUAAAAGAAUAUAAAUCGUUGCCUUUUGUACUGCAUGCAUUGAUACUUACACUGUUUUGUACUUUUUUUGUGCACAUACAAAUAUCAACAAGGUUAUUGUGCUCGGCUACGCCAUGUCUUUAUUGGUUUGCUGCCGAUCAGCUGCCCAAGACAUUUGAUCUAAUCAAAUUGCGGUCAAAAGCUGGAUCUAUAUUAGUAUGGUUUACAAGUUACUAUUUAAUUGGCACAGCGCUCUUUUGCAACAAUCUACCUUGGACGUAAGGUAAUGGAAAAUUUGGACUUUUAUAAUAAACAUAAAACAAAUCGUUGCGUAUAGGUGUGCGCGUGACAAUGAGAACAUUGUAAGUGAUUAAAUUAAUGCAAAGCUUAAAAUUACAACAUCUUCAUCCCAUCCUCGGCACUAGAAAUGCAACUAGCUGUACGUGCAUAGCUGCGCUCAUUAACCAAAAAAUAAUUAAAAUAAUAUUAAAUAUCAAUCAAAUUGACUAACUUAUUUAGCGCUUAAUUUUUAGUUUUUUUUUUUAAAUUAAUUUAUUUAUUAUGUUUUGAAAGACUAAAGACAUUGUACAUGUGCGGCCUUAUGAUAAGGAAGUGAAAUUAAGAGUAUAUAAAAAGUAUAAUUGUAAGAGACUGCGUACUAGUGUACAUAAAUGCUGAAGCUUUUGAGAGCAAAAACUUUUAACAUUUACAUUAAUUAGAAAAAUUAUUUAUUUGAAAUAUGUAAAGCGCAUAAAAAACAGUUUUCUAACCAAGAAUUUGUAUAGUUAUUAUAAAUAUACAUAUAUUCUUAUUGAAUUUGCCUGAUCAUUUUAAAUUUUUAAUAUUUUCAAUAACAUAUCGCUCUAAUAACAUUGGCUGAUAUUAUGACUUUCAAAGGCAAAUCGAAAAGAUUUUAAUAUUGCACAUUUUUAAAAUGAAUAAAGUGUAUUUAAAAUACCUGGACAUAACCUAGUUUAUUUCAUGAAGUUCUUUCUAAAUUUUUUCUAAACUAAUGGAGUUAAGGGCACGCCUAAUGUGAAGUUAUAAAAAAAAAAAAAUAAUAAUUUAUCGUAUUACGAUAGCUUACAACUUCAAAAAUAUUCGGAUUUCGGAAUUAUAUUUUUUUUUAAUUUCACUUUUGGGCGAAAAAAAUCAAUUAUUAUGUUAAUUUAAUUAUUUUUUUUAAUGCAUUUGAAGAUAUUAUCUUAAAAUUAACUCAUUUUAGCAUUUCUUUUAUAAUUUAAAAAAAUUGGCGUUUUUUAUUCUGUCACAUUAACAAGACAGCAUUUUAAUUAUUGAUGUAGAUAUUGCUCCUCAAAAUGCAGGAUAUGUAGUAAAAUGUUGUUGUUGUAGCGGCAGAAUUCCUCCGAGUUGACAGUCCUUGACCAGAUAAAAAAUUUAAUAAAACAUUCGCAUUUGCUUCAAUUACAAAUCAGCGGCGUUGCCAACUCUCCUCCUUACGUUAAUUGCCAAACAAGAUAUGUUAUUAUGCUAUUGCCAUUCAGCUGCUUUCUGUUUCUAUAAUUGUAUAUAAUAAUACCUCCACUCUUUUGUGUCAAACAAAAUAAAAUGUUUUAUUUUUUAAAACUUGUAUUUUAUUAUAUAAUGUUUUUACACGUUUCGUAUGCUAAGUAUGCAUUAAUAUAGUGAUGGCGAUGAAAAGGUGG